GUUUACAGUAAAUGCAUUGUCUGCUGGUUUAUUUUGUUACUUUCCAGCUCACCAGUGAGCCAUGAGAAUGGUUGCCUUAGAAAUAAAAGGGACAAACGAUGGAGCAUGGACAAUACUGGAGUGCUGAGGUGGGUGGGAGCAAAAAAGGGGGGGCCCCAAAUCAGAUUCUGCUUAGGGCCCCAUAAAGCCUUUGGCCGGCUCUGAUUAUGAAUUAUGAAACACUUGAGAAGAGGAAUCCAAAUGACUUAAGCGUGGCUCGGAGAGGAGGUUUCAACACGUUACCAAAUAUGGCCUGUGCGGGGCGUGGGAGCCAGUCUGCUGGAUGAGGGAGAGGGGAUGCGCCGCCGAGUGCGCAUGCUGUUCCAGGAACUUUACGCUCCGAACAAAAAAAAACCCUGAAUAGAGCCUCCGAGCCUAGAAAUCGAGUAUGUGACAAACGUCGACAGAGUGUGUGACGACAUCUCCGACACAAGAUCACACGUUCAGUGUUGAAGACUCAUCUUAAUCCUCGCCGGACUUCAGAGGCCACUUUCUCCUCCAGACUUGUCGUAAAUUCCCAUCAUGCCAGUAUUCGUGUUUCCAACCUCCCAGCUGCUGUGGGUGCGUUUAGCUGCCCUGAUCUUCACCUGCGUGGCGUUCAGUGUUGCGGCACAUGAGGGCCCACCGCGUGGAAGCAUGGCUGACUGGUGCAUCUUCUGCUGGGCGUUCAGCUUCGCCUGCACCCUGCUGGUCCUGCUGGUGGAGCAGUGCGGCCUUCAGGCCCGAACCCCGGUGUCCUGGACCAAUUUCCCCAUCACCAUCGCCUGCUACGCUGCCCUCUUCUGCCUCUCCGCCUCUAUCAUCUUCCCACUGUUUUACAUCAAGGACCAGUAUCUAUCCGGCGAUGCUCGCGCCCAGCGCAUCGUCUCCACCGUCUUCUCCUGCCUGGCAGCGGUAGCCUACAUGGGGGAGGUGAGCCUGACUAAAGCGAGGCCAGGAGAGGUGGCAGGUUACAUGGCCACGGCUCCAGGCCUGCUGAAGGUGUGCCAGACCUUCGUGGCCUGCAUCAUCUUCAUCCUGGUCAGCCAUCCCGUGUUGUACAACCAGCAUCCAGCGCUCGAGUGGUGCAUGGCCGUGUACUGCAUCUGCUUCAUCCUCUCCAUGGCCGUGGUGGUGCUAUGUGUGGGGGAGUGCACCGGCUGUCUGCCCAUCCCCUUCUCCAAGUUCCUGUCAGCUUACGGGCUCCUGGCGGUUAUCAUGUACCUGAGCGCGACCAUCAUCUGGCCCGUCUUCCAGUUUGACAAACGGAGCUCGAGCUACAAUAAGAGCGAUCUGAUCACCGUGGCGGUGCUCACUGCCCUCAACUUCCUGCUUUACCUCGCUGACCUAGUCUACACUGCCAGACUGGUGUUUGUCACUGCCUGAGAGGAAAAAAAAGGGAGGCACGCUGAGUGGAUGGAAGCUUGAGUGGCUUUGCAAGAAAGUGUAGCAGCUGUUGAAAUCCUGACAAAAAAACCAAAAAAAAAACCACGACUCCUCCCUUUAGGUAUCUAAUGGUAAAAUGCUGAAAUGCAAAUGUCAUGUUGAUACGAGGAAAACCCCUGAAAAAAAAACUCACUUACAGUAUGUGGGUAUAUUUAAAAUGCCUGGAGAUGUGCAGCCUUUUAAAGGAACAGUUCACCCAAAAAAGAAAUUUCAGUCAUCAUCCUCUCACCCCCGAUACUGAUGGAAAGUCGGGGGAAGUUUUGGAGUCCGCUAAACAUUUCUGGAGCUUCACAGCAAAACAGUGUUGCAGCAUUUCCCUGAACAACUGGAGCACAUGGGGACUUGUUUUAAAACAUUCAAGGUGCAACAUGUAAGAAUGGACCUCCUCCACACAAAUAGGGGGCAGCAUGUCACCUGAGUCACCGCUGACUACUGGUAACUGUUGCUGCCACUAGCUAGUUAGCUUAGUUAGCCAUGCAGCUAGCGGUUCAGACUGCUCAGAGACCAGGGCAGAGUUAGUGUUUACACCACUAGUAGGAUUUUUGGACUAGGGUGGACCAGGGCUAACUGGUUAGCAUGCUAACUUCAGUGGACGUCUCUGCAGGUCUACAUAGACAUCAUCAUUUCAACGCAGCUAUUUCUUCACAGGUUGAAUGUUUUUGACAAAAGUGUUUCGGUGUUGCAUAAUCCAAAUCUCCAUUUUAUGUUUUCUGUGGCUUUACGUUUUCAAACAAGUCUCCGUCUACUUCAGUUGUUGAGGAGAAUGUCACAAUGCCGCUUUUCUGCGACGCUCCGGAAAAAGUGUCGUGGACUCCAAAAAACUUCGCCCGACUUCCCAUGGACGACGAGGGCGAGUAGAUAAUGAAUGAAUUCUCAUUUUUGGGUGAAUUUUCCCUUUAACUUCAAAUGUGAACUGACCUGUGUGAAAUGUGCACAGAAAAAAGUGGGAUUUUACACAGUGGUGUGACAGAAACAAGUUCGGCUUGUAUUUGUGUUAAAAUAAAAUGGAGUCAACACACUGGAACACAGGUGAACAGCAGACGAGAAGUUAUUUUUAUGGGGGAAAUAAAUGUGUUUACUGUAUCUGAGGAACGAACAUCAUAACCUGAUUGUUUUAUAUCCUUCUUAUUGUUUUUUGUUAAUAAGGUUUUUUUUUAUUAUUAUUACUUCAGCUGUCAAAUAUCAGUAUUGAAUCUUUUUAACAGAAUGUCAUUUGAGUGAAUAAAGUUGGUGAACCAAUACA